UAUUGCAAUACAUAUUAGAUGAUUUCGUCGAUUAUAAUAACAUUUAUAGUGUCAUUAUAAUAAUUAUAAUAAAAUAUUAUAAAAGACAGAAAAAAAAUAAAAAUGAUGCAAUAUAUUGUUGUGAUAGUAGAGAUCAGAGAGGAUGAUUGAGGACAGCUCGAGAUAAGUUUCUGUGCUACCGAUAACUAAAAUAAUGAUCAGCAAAUUCCGCAGCAUCCAUCAGAAUGUAUAUUAUCCUUUUACACAAAAAGCAACAAUUGACAGGACACUAGAAGGGUUUGUUGCUGGAUUUUUAAAUCUGGAUUUUUAGAUGUUGUGAGCCUGGUAAUUAUCGUUGAUCAGUCCUUAAUUAUCCUCUGAGUGAUUGCUAUGUCUAAAGAAUAUUAAAGACACGUCAAAGUUUAAAAAUGAUUUUUAACCGAUGAUUUAUGUGCGUAGUCGCCAAUGGAAAAAAAAUAUUGAACAUUUUCUUGUCAUUGGUUAAUACGAUUUAUAUAAUUAGUGAUCGUCUUAAUUUAUUUAUUUAACUUACAGUUUAAUAUCUUGUAAUUAUAUAUUGCAUCCAUUUAUUUUUUUCUGUUUUAUAAAGCUUUACAAUAACUUUUAAAACAAAGAACGUAAAAAAUUUUUUUUCCAAGGUCACAAUCAUACAUUUUAUACAUAAACGUUUUAUAAUGACUCAUAAAUUUAUAUAUAUUAUAAAUCUACUGUACGGAAUCGCUAAAAAUAAUACAUUGCCUGUUAAAAAUUGUCAGUUCAAAAUCAACAUAAUUCUUAUAUUAACGCUAUAAGCGAAGUUGGGCAGCUUGUUUACAUACGGAAAGUAAACCAAAGUACUUGUGAAAAAACAAGCGGUGGUAAUCCAGAAGACGAGCGGUAGAUAGACGUAUCAUUAGCUAAAAUCCGGUGAGUUCCAACACAAAAUAUAUCUCUGAAAAAAGCGGACUCAAAGCCAAUUAACAAUGUCUGUACAAAGUGUUGCUCUGGCAUCUCUCACGGCCACCUAUACCGACUCGGAGGGCGAGGACGGGGUGGACGACGAGCUUCAGGAGACUAACUCCACUCCCCAGGGUGCCGCCCCUUACAAUAAUGCCCAAGUCGGUCAGCCCCAGCAGGCUCACACCAGUCCCAAAUCUGGGAGAUCAGCCUCCAAUAGCCCGAACGUUGCUUCCGGCGUUGGGAAAAAGUCUAUUAGUAAUUUACCCAAUAGUGCACCAUCCUCCACCUUAUUUUCCAAUGAUAAUGUAUCAGUAUAUAAGGUCCAUCGUUUGGUUUCAUAUUUUGAUGAUACAGUUGUCUCGGAUGACGAGGGGGUGUUGAACACUACAACCGAGGGUGAGCCACCAAAUGAAAAUGGCGUAACACCUUCUGUUAAAAGUGCUGAUAAAUCGCCCUCACGUCAUUACGGAGAAUUAGUUUCAGAUGGUGGUGAUGAUGAUCCUGCUGAUCCAGAUGGUAUUGUAAUUCCACCAGAACCAGUCGGUCAGUAUCCGCCGGAUUUGCAGGAAAAAAUAACGGUACUUUUCAGGAAAAUGGAGUCUAAAGGAGGAGUUGACAUGAAUCAAGCAAUACAACAGCGUAAAGAUUUUCGAAAUCCUUCGAUUUAUGAAAAACUUAUUCAAUUUUGUAGUAUCAAUGAAUUGGGUACCAAUUAUCCGCCAGAACGUUUUGAUCCAUUCAAAUGGGGAAAAGAUUCUUACUAUGAGGAAUUGGCUAAAGUACAAAAAGCUGAAAUGGACAAAUUAGAGAAAGCGAGAAAAGAAAAAACUAAAAUUGAAAUAGUAUCGGGUACCGCAAAACGACCGAGCAAUUCUGCACCGACUGUUGAAGAGGAUGCUAAAAAAAGAAAAAGCAAAUGGGAUCAAGUUGCUACGGGUGCUGUUAACCCGGCACCCUCCGUUAAACCCACAGUCUUACUAUCACAACCUACUUUAACAAUUAAUGCGGCUUCUGCAACAAAAGCUACUGUAAUAUCUGCUUUUGGUUCUUUACCAAAGAAAAGACUGUAACAUAUAUUAUUUUGUAAAAAUCAAACAAACAAACAAACAAUCUCUUGUAUAUACUUGUA